UAGUGUCCCCUAUUUCUUCGUACAUUCCGCCGGUCACGAGAAAACAUUGGGUUUUUGCCAAAUAUUAAAAAGAGUAGGAUUCAGAUAAUGAUGAAUCAUCCAUCAUUCCUUCCAACUACCCGAUACUCAUAACCCAUGUGUUAUAUUGCUAGUUUACAGGCCCGAUUGCUACCGUUUCCUCGUUUUUUUGAUCAACAGCCACAAGAGAUUCAAGAAGUCAAAUGGGUUUCAAUCGAUACAACAAAUUACUCCGAAGUCUCAUCAGCAGCUCUCGAUCAUCAACGACAACUUCCCCCUUUUCUUCGAUUUACUGUAAUCAAUCGAGACGAUCGGUGAUAUCUUCUUCUUCUUCUUGCUCUUCAGACGAUGCGAAAACGACGCAUUUUUCAACAAUCUCGACUUCAUCGUAUCACCUUAACAAUGGACCAUCGUACAUGCGAGGAGCUGUUUUCUGGGAACCAAAUAAGCCUAUGACUUUUGAAGAUUUUCAAAUGCCUCGCCCUAAAGUUAACGAAGUUCUUAUCAAAACCAAAGCUUGUGGUGUCUGCCACUCUGACCUUCAUGUAAUCAAGGGUGAACUCCCAUUUCCAAGCCCAUGUGUCGUGGGGCAUGAGAUCACUGGCGAGGUUGUUGAACAUGGGCCAUUGACUGACACUAAAACAAUUGAAAGACUUCCUGUAGGAGCCCGUGUUGUGGGUGCGUUCAUUAUGCCUUGUGGCAACUGUUUCUUCUGCACCAAGGGUCAAGAUGACUUAUGUGAAGCUUUCUUUGCUUACAAUCGUGCAAAAGGGACACUCUAUGAUGGGGAAACACGCCUUUUUCUUCGUGGCAGUGGAAAACCAGUGUACAUGUACAGUAUGGGUGGCCUUGCGGAAUAUGCUGUUGUGCCAGCACACGCGUUGGCUGUUCUACCUCAUUCGUUGCCUUAUUCCGAGUCUGCUAUUAUAGGUUGUGCAGUUUUUACUGCCUAUGGUGCUAUGGCUCAUGCAGCCCAGGUUCGUCCUGGUGAUGCUAUUGCCGUAAUUGGUGUUGGCGGUGUAGGCUCAAGUUGUCUGCAGAUUGCACGCGCAUUUGGUGCAUCCGAGAUUAUUGCUGUGGAUAUACAGGAUGAGAAACUCGAGAAAGCUAAAAUGCUUGGAGCUACUCACACUGUAAAUGCUCGAACUGAAGAUGCAGUUGCAAAAAUCAAAGAAAUAACCGGAGGGAUGGGUGUUGACACCGCCGUUGAAGCUUUGGGAAAUCCAAAAACAUUUAUGCAGUGUGUUGAGUCCGUAAGAGCUGGUGGGAAAGCGGUAAUGAUUGGUCUUACACUUUCCGGGGCCAAAGGUGAAAUAGAUAUAAACCAUCUGGUCCGUAAACAGAUCAAAGUAGUCGGGUCGUAUGGAGGCAGGGCUAGGCACGAUCUUCCGAAGCUGGUGAAACUGGCGGAAAGUGGCAUCUUCAAUCUUGGAGCAGCGGUUUCACGGAAAUGCAAGUUUGAGGAAGCCGGGAAAGCGUACGAAGAUCUGAAUCAGGGAAGUAUUUUAGGCCGAGCCGUGGUUGAGAUUAUGUAAUUUGAUAAAUGGUUCGAUGGUUUGUGUUCGACUGUUCUACUGCUGCUUGUUUCUGUUUGAGAUACAGUUUAAUGAGCAGGUUGUAGAAUUAUUGGCUGUACAGGAAACUACUGAAUUGAGUUGAAAUGGUUUAAGUUAUUGGAUCAAAUUUGUCGUUUGCAUUA